AUGAUCAAUCAGCUUAACAUAUCAUCAAGUCCAUAUUUUAGUACAGGCUCUAAAAUUAGAAAAUAUUCCACAUCAAAUCAGCGACUUGAUGAUAAUCCUAGUUUGCCAUUCACUCCGAAGUAAGUCUAGUCUGAUGUUUCAGAGGACUACUUCGUGUACACCUAAACCCAGAAGUCUACUGGCAACAUAAACUAUCAAGCUGACAUGCGCACAAGAUCUAGUUCUGAGAGCACAACAUUGAGUCUUGGAAUUCACAGCCCAAAAAGCGGGACAUUUUAAACUCAAUUAUUGGAAAAUCAGGACACAAUUGGCUCAGAGGAAUUAGCAUCUCAAGGCUCCAACUAGAUCUCGGUUGUGCCAUCUACCCCUUUCCUUCAUAAGUACAAGACUGAACUUUGCAAGAAUUGGGAAAUUGAAGGGAACUGCAUAUUCGGGGACAGAUGCUCUUUCGCUCAUGGCCAGAGGUAACUGCAAACUAAGAUUGAUCUGCCCUCAAAGUAUAAAACUAGAAUGUGUAAGAAAUUUCAAGAGGAGCUGUACUGUCCUUAUGGAAUCAGAUGCUAGUUCAUUCAUAGUAUUCCGCAGAAAGCGUCAGACUAGCAGGAAUCAGAAUUCUUGAAGAACCCUCAGAAUCCUUAAGUUCUUCAACCUCAACUAAAUCCUACCUACUCAGAUAUCCUCACUCAAAAUCUCUUUCAGAGUAUGCAAGCUCACUUGAGUGCCAGAGAGUUUUAUGGAAGGGAGAGUGACAUUAAGUAUCUGAACAUAUUCAACACCAAAAGAUUAUAAUGCUUCUCAUAAAUCACUAAUUAAGGAAUUAAUAAUAAUUUGGUUGUAGCAAACUCUUCAUAGUGCUCUUAAUUCUAAGCUCAAUCAGCCAAUUAUUCUUAAAAACCAUACUUGUAAAAUUAGCAGUUUGCUUUCGAGAUCAAUGAAUCUCCUGAUAAGCAGACCAAAAAUAUGACCCAACCAUGCCAAUACUUUGGAGGCCUUAUGGGCAGCAUUCAAAAGUAGUUCAAUCAGGACUACUAUUAUGGUUGUAUAUAAUAGGAAAAUGUAAAUAGAAAUUAUCCUAGUAAUGCAUUUGGCAGUGAGGUCCUUGCUAGCGCUGGUGCCAAUGAGUAAUGCCAACAACAUCAGUAUAGCAAGAACAUCUCCUCUCGCCAAAGAUCAUUCAAUCAGUAGUGA